GCCACACGCUCCAAAAGCGAAAAUUCACCCGCGGAGUUUUAAAAUAAAAUGCCUUCAUGGUGGGACUAUUUACAUUUCAAUAGACAGUAUAAUAACAAGAGAAACUUAGAGGAAGGGCUCUUUCAAAUCGCAUCGCAGACUUGUAAUAUAUUGGUGAAAGUAAAUAAUACUAAUAAUAUAAAUUUGACCCGAAACGACAGGAGUGAUGAGUACGGGUGUGCGGGCCCUCCUAAGGGUAAAAGUUCUAUGCAAGUGUGCAUCCCCAAGUUCAGGAAGAACUCUUUGACUGCUGGCUGUAACCCGGGAUUGUCGACUGUUCUAGAAUCGGGGAGUGUGGGGAACGCUUCGUCAUCUGAUGAGGAGUUGGAGCAGUGGGAGCAGAUCUUCAUGAUGAGAGAUGAAAAUGGGAAUAGUUAUCACGACAAAAGAAAGAAGCGCAGUAUUUGGUGUCGACCAUCCUGCAUUCCAGUGUCAAUAGUUAUCCUAUUAAUUAUUUUGGUUGUGUUGGUUCCACUGCUUGACCAACCUAAUGUAGUGCAAGUGCUACCAACCACAGCAAAAGUUAAUUUACAUUGUGUAGAUGAGUGUAGGUUAUCAUUAGUUGAGAGUAUACCAGAGGGUCAUAUGUAUCCACCCAACGCAACACAUGUCCGAACGAAAAACGUGUGGUUGGAUCUUAUAGACGAGGCUCAAAGUACUAUUGAGAUUGCGUCAUUCUAUUGGACGCUUAGGUUCAACGAGGAAUAUCCGUACAACUCAUCUGUGGAGGGUGAACAGGUAUUCCAGGCGUUGCUCGCAGCUGGCUCCAGAAGGAAUGUUGACUUGAAAAUUGCUCAAAACUGGCCCACUAAGUCUAACCCUAAUAUAGAUACUGAAUAUUUAGUUAAGAAAAAAGCUGCACAAGUAAGAAGUUUAAACUUCUCGAAGCUGUUAGGAAGCGGAGUGCUGCACACAAAGUUCUGGUUGAUAGACAGGACACACUUCUACAUCGGCAGUGCCAAUAUGGACUGGAGAUCCUUGACGCAGGUGAAGGAGUUGGGCGUCGUGGCAUACAACUGUUCCUGCCUCGCCACUGAUCUCGGCAAGAUAUUUGAUGUGUACUGGAUGCUGGGAAGCUCACAGGUGAUCCCCGACAGCUGGCCAGCCAACCUCAGCACAGACAUCAACAUGGAGCAUCCAAUUAAUAUCUCCAACGGUGACUCAAACUUCGGUGCUUUCAUAUCGAGCUCUCCCCCUCCCUUCAGCCCAGAGGGACGAACCAACGAUGACGAUGCAAUAGUGCACGUGAUGGAGUCGGCCGAAGAGUUCAUCUACAUCUCCGUGAUGGACUAUGCGCCCGCUAGCGAGUUUACUCCAAAAAUGAGGUACUGGCCAAAGAUUGACGACGCCAUACGAGCGGCCGCCGUGGAGCGCCGCGUCCGUGUUCGUAUGUUGAUCAGCUGGUGGAAGUACUCCUCGCCCGCCGAGGAGAACUACCUGCGCUCGCUUGCGGCGCUUAACAAAGCCUACCCACGACUUGACUUACAGAUUCGUCGCUUCAUAGUGCCGUCGACGCCGGAGCAGGACAAGAUCCCGCACGCGCGCGUAAACCACAACAAGUUCAUGGUGACGGAGCGCGCGGCGUACAUCGGCACGUCCAACUGGGCCGGCGACUACUUCAUCGACACGGCGGGAGCGGCCUUCGUGUACGAGCCGCGCUCGGCUGUGAGCAGGGACGACCUGCGGCGACAGCUGCAGGCCGUGUUCGAGCGGGACUGGAGUUCGCCGUACGCCGUGCCGCUCAGAACCUUAUAGGACUGGCUCAUCUACUGUCGGGUGAUGCUCCAAAUUAACAAUUUUUUUUUCGAGAGGAAAAUAUAUUUACAUACAUUCAAGCCCACGAGCUGGGCCCAUAUGUCGGGCUCGGGUGUGUGGUUUCACCGAAUGUAAAUUUAUUUAGCAUUAAGUAAUAGUUAUUUAUCUACACCCAUGCUUUAAAUCCUCUAUUAAAGAUUCUGAAACAGUUAGCUUAUUCCCAACAUUAAAACACCCAAUGUUCUAAUAACCAUUACAUCACCCAAAAGAGUGUUGUAAUGUUGUACUGAAUUUCAUAACAACACUCGUAUGUUUUUUUUUAUCCCUUCAUGCGCAAAGAGUUUUAACAGACAGCCACAUUCUUAUUGCUCGAUGCGUGGUAUCUGUAUGAAUUUAAAAAAAGAAUAUUUUCGUUUACGCGCGCUCCACACUACCAGAACGUCGCGUGCCGUAAAAAAAAGUAGGUUAUUCGAAUCCCCGCCAUUUUUCUUCGAUAUUUUUAUUGUUUUGUUUACAAAAAAUGAGCGAUUUAUUUUAAACGCUGCAAAAGAACAUUAUAUUCGAGUGAAUUUUAAUUAUUGCACUAUACAAAAGUAAAUUACUACUAAAAUAAAUAAUUGUUUCAUUAUACUUAUUUUAUUUGUAUAUAAUCAGUAACGAAUGAUAUUAGGUUACUACUAGGACUGGUGUUUUAAUGUUAGCAGUAAGCUAACUGUUCCAGAAUCUUUUAGAGGAUUCAUAUUCUAGGUGUAGAUAAAGUCUUGUACGCAACUGUUGAUAAUUAAAGUACUAAAACACUCAUGUGAUACUAUUAUCACACUCGGCUUCGCCUCGUGAGAUAAAACCACAUUCGUGUUUUAAUACCCCUUGUUACACAACAGUUGCGUAAAUAACUAUUAAUGUCUACAGGAAAUAGGUACGAUAUGUUUUACCAUUCAAAAUUAAUUAGACUAGGUUUUUUUUUACUUAAUGAUGUUAAUGGCUUUUAGUUUAUUUAGAGCGAUAAUGAACUAGUGACAUUUUGGAACUCUGGUUAAUGAUAAUAUUUCGUGUGUAUUAUGAAUUGACGAAUAAGCUCAUUUUGUUGUAUAAAUUUAGUGAUUGUUUCAUAUUUUGAAAAAAAAAAGAAAUUUUAUGUACAUGGAAUCUAUAUAGACUUAUUCCUGAUUGAUGCGUAUGUAUUAAUUCUAGACGAGAUUUAGAUGAAUGUGUGUGUAUUACAAAAGUUUACACUGGUCUUGACAGUAAGC